AUGGCACGACGUAGGUACAGGCUGUUUAUGGUCUGUGCCGUCGUCAUUCUCUUCCUCCUCUACAGAGUCUCGCAAAACACAUGGGAAGACCCUGCGCAGCAUGCAGGUCUUUACCGUCCUCCCACCUCGAAAUCGCCUGCCACGGGAGUAGAGAGCCCGCCGAAACCACCUCCGAAGCCUGCGCCCGAGCCCGAGAACAUACCUGAAUCAAAACCGAAGCCUCAGCCCGAGGCCGAGGCCAAGCCCAAGCCCGAAUCGAAGCCGGAGCAUGCUGCUGGUCAGAGCAAGCAGAACAAGCAGAACAAGCCCGAUGACGAAGAUGAUGGGCUGGGCGUCAAAAUUCCAAAGCUAAAAGAGCUGGACGACUCGAAGCCAGCGGCCAAUGGCGAAGCGCCUGGCCAUGCAGGUUCAAAGACUGCAACUGACAAGUUGAACCCCACCGACGAAGAUGAAGUGAUUGAGGAUAUUCACCAGAAGAAUCCGCCAAAGAACAACCCUGGAAAGCCAGUAGACACUCGAAUCCAUUGGAGGCCGGUUCCCGAGCACUUCCCUGUGAAUUCCAUCAUAAGCCUCCCCACUGGGAAGCCGCAAAAGGUCCCUCGAGUGCAGCACGAGUUUGGCGUCGAGUCACCAGAAGCCAAAUCCAGACGAGUCACUAGACAAGAGCGCGUUGCAAAAGAGAUUGAGCGGGCGUGGUCGGGCUACAAGAAGUUUGCUUGGAUGCACGACGAGCUAUCGCCCGUCUCUGCCAAGCAUCGUGACCCCUUUUGCGGCUGGGCUGCUACGUUGGUUGAUUCCCUGGACACCCUAUGGAUUGCGGGUCUCAAAGAAGAGUUCGACGAGGCCGCAAAGGCCGUAGAGAAUAUCGACUUCACCACUACACCUCGCAACAAUAUUCCAGUUUUUGAAACGACCAUUCGAUAUCUAGGCGGUUUGCUCGGCGCCUUCGAUGUCAGCGGCGGCCAUGAUGGUGGCUAUAUUAUCCUUCUAAACAAGGCUGUUGAGCUUGCUGAGAUCCUCAUGGGUAUAUUCGACACUCCGAACCGAAUGCCAAUCUUAUACUACCAAUGGCAGCCAGAAUAUGCCUCCCAGCCUCACCGCGCAGGCUCUGUCGGCAUUGCGGAGCUUGGAACGCUCUCCAUGGAAUUUACGCGCCUAGCCCAGCUUACCAGCAACUACAAAUACUACGAUGCUGUGGAUCGCAUUACCGAUGCCCUGGUUGAGCUCCAAAAGCAAGGCACCUCCAUUCCGGGCCUGUUUCCCGAGAAUCUAGAUGCCUCUGGGUGCAACCAUACCGCAACUGCCAUCCGCAGCUCACUUAGUGAGGCAGCGCAGAAGCAGAUGGAUGAAGACCUCUCCAAGCCAGAUAACUUCAUUCCUGGAAAGGCCCCGAAGAGCGAAUCCCAGAACGUCGAGAAACCCCCCAGUCAGAAGCAAAGUGCAGACGGCAGCGAGUUUAUAGUUGGAAAGCUCAGUGCUGAUGAAGCAAUUGCAAAAUUGCAAGCUGCUGAUGAGGCCAGGGCAAAGGCUUUGGACGAGGCUGCGAUCAAGCCUGCAGGAAAAUCUGACAGCUUUGUUGUUGGGAAAAUCGGUAGUGAGGACCCAAGGGACGAUCAGACACCAGCUGCGAAAACGGAUGCCUCAGAUAAGGGAUUUGUUGUCGGCAAGAUAGGGGCGGAAGAUCCAAGAGACGAUCAGACGCUCACCGCGAAAACGGAUGUUUCAGACAAGGGAUUUGUUGUCGGCAAGAUCGGAGCAGAGGAUCCAAGAGACGAUCAGACACAAGCUGUGAAAACGGAUGCCUCAGACAAGGGAUUUGUGGUCGGUAAGAUUGGAGCAGAGGAUCCAAGAGACGAUCAGACACAAACUGUGAAAACAGAUACUUCAGAUAAAGGAUUCGUUGUCGGCAACAUCGGAGCGGAAGAUCCAAGAGACGACCAGAAGAUUCCAGACGCAUCUGGGACAAAAUCUUCAGAAUUUCUAGUCGGCAAAAUAGGCACUGAAAAUCCUGAAUAUGCGAAGCAAGGGCCCCGCGAAGAUGAUAAAACGGAAACUCGUCCGCUAGAUUCUCUCCGUCGCCGAGACACCAUUCCUAGUGAAAAUACAUCCGUGGAGAAGCCCCAAGUGCCAUCCCAACGGACAGCAAAACGAGGAAAGCCACCAUUUGCGGCCGAUGGCUUCACAGCUAACUGGGACUGUGUUCCUCAAGGUUUGGAAGUAGGUGGAUACGGGUUCCAGCAAUACCACAUGGGAGGCGGUCAAGACUCAGCUUAUGAGUAUUUCCCGAAGGAGUAUCUACUUCUCGGCGGUCUGGAGUCCAAGUACCAGAAGCUGUACGAGGACACUGUCGAGGCAAUCAACGAGUGGCUCCUCUACAGGCCCAUGACAGACGGCGAUUGGGAUAUUCUAUUCCCCGCCAAGGUCCAAACAGGUGGAAACCCUUCUGAAGACCUAGUCGCAACAUUUGAGGUUACGCACCUCACUUGUUUUAUCGGUGGCAUGUACGGCCUGGGUGGCAAGAUCUUUGGCCGCGAAAAGGACCUUGAGAUAGCCAAGAAGUUGACGGACGGCUGUGUCUGGGCAUAUCAAUCGACCGUCUCCGGUAUCAUGCCGGAAGGUUCCCAAGUUUUGCCUUGUCCGUCGCUGGAGAAGUGCGCUUUCAACGAAACCCUCUGGUGGGAGAAGCUGGAUCCUGCAAAGGACUGGAGAGACAAGCAGGUGGCUGAGUGGGAAGAGAAGAAGGUGGCGUUCGACAAGCAACAGGGAAGCAAGGACCCCAGAGAAACUAGCGACAAGGAUAAAGAGGCUGCUGGCGAGGCCCUGAAGGAAACUGCCCAAGACCAUAGCGACUCUGCUGGUAACUCCAAGGCUAUUCACAAGAGGGCAGCAGUUCCGCCGCCAAAGUCAAGGGCAGACGAAGAUGUUGGUUCAGAGCUGCCGCAGUCUCUCAAGGAUAAGAUCGGUCUCAAGGGUGACGAGCAGAAAAAGCCAGCAAAGAGCAGCGUCGGUAUCCAACGAGAGCCUGGUGACCCAAUCGACUCAGUAUUGGAAGCCCACCGUCUCCCUCCUCAGGAGCCGGAAGAACAGCAAAUCAUCCUUCCCGAGAAACCCGAGACACACGAGGAGUUUGUAAAGAAACAUAUUGCCGACUACGGUCUCGCUCCUGGUGUCGUCCACAUCACUUCGAGACAAUAUAUCCUCAGACCCGAAGCCAUUGAAUCCGUGUGGUACAUGUAUCGCAUCACAGGUGAUCCCAUCUGGAUGGAGAAGGGCUGGAAGAUGUUCGAGGCCACCAUCAGCGCCACCCGUACAGAAAUAGCCAACAGCGCCGUCGAUGAUGUCAACAGCCAAGAACCCGGGCUCAAGGACGAAAUGGAGAGCUUCUGGCUCGCUGAGACGCUCAAGUACUACUACUUACUGUUCUCGGAGCCAAACGUCAUCAGCUUGGACGAGUGGGUGCUCAAUACCGAGGCUCAUCCUUUCAAGAGGCCCGGUGGUAGCGUGAUUGGACACAGUAUAUAA